AUGCCAUCCUUCGGCAGCCCAAUUCCAUAUGCAGAACCCCUCUGGUAUUCGCGCGACAAAACUCCUCAUUACAAUGAUUCCCACCGUCAUCUACGAAAAGAAGUCCGUCGAUACUUCGACGAAGAAAUAAUUCCUUUCGCAUAUGAAUGGGAAGAAAGUGGGAAAGUCCCUGAUGAAGUAUUCAAAAGACACGCCCAACUCGGAUAUCUAGCCGGUGUGACUGGCCUAGAAAAUGUCCGCUUACCAGGCGAUAUCAAAGCUCAAGAUUGGGAUUCGUGGCAUACACUAAUAUUGACAGAUGAGAUUAGUCGUGUAGGAUUCACAGGCGUUCUAUGGGGGUUAGGAGGCGGUAACAGCAUCGGCGUCCCUCCAGUCGUAAAUUUCGGUACUCAGUCCCAAAAAGACAAAUUCCUCCCUAGCGUGGCAAACGGAAGUUUGCGGUUCUGUCUAGGAAUAACAGAACCUGAUGCCGGCUCGGACGUCGCAAAUAUCCAAACAACAGCCGUCCGUAACGGAGAUCACUACAUCGUAAAUGGCUCCAAAAAAUGGAUCACGAAUGGAAUCUGGGCCGACUAUGUAACCGCUGCCGUCCGAACCGGCGGUCCUGGUGCUGGUGGAGUGUCUGUUCUCGUUAUUCCGCUGAAAGUCGCCGGCGUGACUACACGACCGAUGAAAAACUCGGGUGUGGGAGCUUCGGGCAGUACCUUCAUAACGUUCGAAGACGUCCACGUUCCCGUUUCCAAUCUGCUUCACAAAGAAAACCGCGGCUUCGAAGUCAUCAUGUCAAAUUUCAAUGCCGAGCGCAAAGCUAUUGCGACGCAAGCUAUUCGGCUUAGUAGAGUGUGUGUUGAGGAUGCAUGGCAGUACGCAUGUACGCGCGAGACUUUUGGGAAGAAAUUGAUUGAGAAUGACAUUAUUCGCGCGAAGUUUGUUGUAAUGGGACGGGUGAUUGAACCUGCGAUGGCAUUCUUGGAACAGUUGACUUGGUUGAUUGAGGAGAAUAGAAGGGGUGGAGGUGUCAGGAUUGGAGGAAUGACGGCGAUGUUGAAGGUUGUCAGUACAAGAUGUUUGGAGUUUUGUGUUAGGGAAGCUCAGCAGGUUAUGGGUGGGGUAGGGUAUUCAAGGGGUGGGAGAGGAGGAAGGGUUGAGGCUAUCUCGAGGGACGUGAGGGUUAUGGCUGUUGGCGGUGGCAGUGAGGAGAUUAUGGAUCAACUUGCUAUUAGGGAGGAGACGAAGGAUCUCAAGAAGUAUAAUGCGGCAAGGAGUAAGUUGUAA